ACCGGGCGUGAGAGGGGCGCCGAUUUGCUCGGCCUUCUGCCACGGUGGGAGCACCCAGGAAAGGGUCUGAGAAUCUGACCUGAGUCGCCACCAAGUCCCUUCUGGGUGACGGAUGGUUUCCGUGAAGUUUCUCUUCGCCACGUGAUCCGGCUUGACUCUAGCUCCUGGCUGCAGCCUGCUGCUUGCCUGGGAGGCGCCAUGGUGUGUGCUGCUGUCCUGACGCGUGGAAGACUGCGAGGCUCCAUCCGAGCCCUCUGCAUCCAGGCUGCGCCUUCGAUUCUGCCAGCCAGUACCGUGCGCUGCCUCGCUCUGAGCAGCUUAAGGAGAUCUAAAAGGAAGAUGGAUCACUUGGAGAGAACAGCGAGUGCCGUUCGCCGGGAGGUGGUGUCGCCGGCCAAGGUGUGUGCAGUUGCAGCUGAGUCGCCCUCCGUGAAGAGCCUCCGCUUACUCGUGGCCGAUAAGGAGUUCUCCUUCAAAGCAGGCCAGUGGGUCGAUUUCUUCAUCCCAGGGGUCUCUGUAGUUGGUGGGUUUUCCAUAUGCUCCAGUCCCAGACUGCUUGAACAGGAGAGGACGAUCGAGCUGGCAGUGAAGUACGCCGACCACGCCCCUGCGCUCUGGGUUCACAGUACGUGUGCACUUGGCUCUGAAGUGGCAGUGAGAGUGGGUGGAGAGUUCUUCUUUGACCCUCAGCCCACCGAUGCCUCCAGGAACCUGGUGUUGAUUGCAGGAGGAGUUGGAAUUAACCCCCUGCUUUCCAUCCUGCGGCACUCGGCAGAUCUCCACCGAGCGCGGGCAAGCACAGGCAGUGGGUAUGAGAUCGGGACAGUGAGGCUGUUCUACAGCGCCAAGAACACCAGCGAGCUGCUGUUUCAGAAAAAUAUCCUUGAUGUAGUCCAUGAAUUUCCUGGGAAGAUUACAUGCAGUUUACAUGUUACAAAGCAGACUACACAAAUCAGUGCGGAACUCAAGCCCUACAUCACGGAAGGAAGAAUAACGGAAAAAGAGAUAAGUGACCAUAUUUCCAAAGAGACUUUAUUCUUUAUUUGUGGCCCACCUCCGAUGACGGACUCUUUCUCCAAGCACCUGGAAAACAGCCACGUUCCUAGAGAACACAUCUGCUUUGAGAAGUGGUGGUAGGGAACGGCCAGCGCCCAGGACGGGAAGGAGACGCAGACCCAGUGGGGCGAGGCUGAGCCGUGCUGUGCUCGGCG